AUGCGGCGGGAGAAACUUUCCGCUGUAGGUGGGAUGCCGGUCCACUUCGCCGCGGCCGGAGGGGAUGAGAGUGUCCUGGGAUACCUGCUCGACCGUGGCGGCAACCCAGGGGUGCCUGACUCCAAGGGCUCCACCCCGCUGCACGAUGCAGCAGAGCAAGGGCACUGCGAGGCUGUAAGGUUGUUGCUGUCCAAGGGUGUUGAUGUGGAUCCGGUCAAUUACCGUGGGACGCCGCUGCACCUGGCCGCCGCUAAGGACAAGGAUCAGGUUGUCAAGAUCCUGCUGGAACAUGGUGCUGAUCCCAACAAAGUUGUCAAUCAUGUCUUCUCACCGCUCAUGAUGGCAUGUUGCGGGCAUUCCUUGAAAUGCAUUAAGCUGCUGGUUCAGGCUGGUGCUGAUGUGAACUUUAUAACUCCCUCUGGACCAUCCAUUUUAAUGGAGGCAGUUGACGAUGACUUAACUGACAUUGUCAAGUUCUUGCUAGAGUCUGGAGCUGAUCCUAACAUUGCUGACGAGGAUGGGAAAAUCCCAAUCAUGUGUGCAGCAGUUUGUGGGCAUCGUGAGCUUGUCGAAAUUCUGUUACCUAAGACAAGAUCAAUUCCAUCUGUGCCAGACUGGAGCGUUGAUGGGAUAAUUAGAAGUAUGAAAUAUCUGCGUUUUGAGGCUCAGGAUGCAGCUCUGGUGGAAGAACGGAUAGCUGAUGCCAAGUCACAAGGAAAGGAAGCUUUCGCAAAAGGGGAGUACCUUGCAGCCAUUUACUUCUAUUGCCAAGCAAUGGAGAAAGACCCAUUUGACGCCACCUUGUUAGCCAAUCGGAGCUUGUGCUGGCUACGGCAAGGAGAAGGGGACCGAGCUCUGUUAGAUGCUCAACAGUGCAGAAUGAUGAGGCCUCGUUGGUCCAAGGCAUGGUACCGUGAGGGUGCCGCUCUCAGCUUGCUGAAGGACUACAAAGGAGCAGUCGAUGCGUUCGUGCAAGCACUCAAACUUGACCCUGCGAGCGAUGAGAUCAAGAAAGCGUUGAGGCAAAUGCUCUCGCUCCCUUCUAUUUCUACUUUCGAUUAAUACCUAAAUCGAUCCAAUUAUCUGCGGGAACAUGAGCACCUAAAUCCCACUCUUUCCGCAGGGAAGCCAUUGAUGCUAUGAAGAGUGCUGCUGCUCGCAACCGUUAAUAUUCCUCCAGAGCACUUAUUGGGGCUUUGUAGAAUAUAUAGCACCAACCAUGCCACUGCAUAGACUGUACAUAGCGGUGUGUGGCUCUGAGUGUUGGCUCUUUCGUGACGAACUUUAAGGUGUUUUGUGCCUGUCUGUGUGCUUGUUAGGCAGGAAAGCAUAGCAGUGUAUUUGACUUAGCCAGUACUGUUACAAAUAGAUGCUUGCUCCUUUUGUCUUC